CCCUCCGGGAGCCGAUCUUCGCCACUCCCACCUCCCUCCUCGUCGCCCCAGCACCGUUUCCUCCUCAGUGUGUGAGAGAGGACGCGGGUAGCUUCUGUGCAGCGCCUGCCCGACAGCUCUUCUGCAGUGCUGUUGAAAGAGAGAGAGAGCAGGAGUCGGGGACCUCUGCAGGGACUGAGUUUGCUGACAGUUUUCAGGAGGUUAUCUCACUCUCUCUGCAACUCUCUAAUCAGAUGAGAGCCGAACUAGACAGGAGUGUGCUGACGCCACUUUGAAGAGCGGGGCAGGGAGUCCCGGGCUGAUGUCCCGUCGGAGGAAGACGGUGGCUGCUGUUACCAUGAAGGCUCCGGGACCCGGGCAGGGUUAGCCGGACUCAUCAGCCGGCUCGGGCAGAGGAGGAGAGGUUGCCAGACCUGGAGGAGUCUGGGUAGGGUCCUGCUGCCCCGGGACACCUCAUGCUGGCUCGAACGGUCCGUCACCUCCUGGACGGGGUGAAGCUAGAGCUGUCGGGAGACCCCGACGUGGUGCUGAGCGGCUACAGGGCGAGGGACCCGGACCAGGAGACACCGCUGUCUCCGCAGUGCUUGAGUGAGGAGACGGUGGAUGGAGCUGUGUACACAGUGACGCAGAGACAAAUCCAACUCCAGCAAGCUGCAACCAAGGGCCAACAGUGGCUGGGGGUGGGGAAUGAGGUAGUCGGGACCACGUGGGAGACAGUGCGGAUCCGCUCGAUCAAGAUUGGCAGGCUGGAGAAGAUCGUGCAGCACCUGCUGGAAGCUUUUGACUGUGGCGACUCCUCCUAUCUCUCUGUCUUCCUCGCCACAUACCGCACCUUCACCAGCACCCAGGAGGUCCUCCGGAUUCUGCUGGACAGGCUGGAACACUUAAAGGCAGAAGCAGUGUACGGUUCGGACUGCUGCUCAGUGAAGGGCUGGGACCACUGCAGAAUUGUUGCUGCCUCCAUCUUUUCCACCUGGCUGGAGCAGUAUUCCGAAGACUUCCAGAACCUGGAUAAUGCUUGUCUGAAGCGCCUUGUGCAUUACAUAAAGAAGGAAUCCAGGGGCACGGAACUGGAGCGCCGAGCCGAAGGGAUCCUAGUGCAAAACGAGAAGCGAUCCAGCAGUGAUGGUCAAACACUACGGAACACAGGUGACCAGACGGUGGAGAACGAGAACCAGCCAACGCACAUAUCAGAACCAACUGACAUCCUCACCUUCAUGGCAGACACAACAGCGUCCCAGCUCACGAUGAUGGACGCGGAGCUUUUCAUGAAGGUGGUGCCGUACCACUGCCUGGGGUCCAUCUGGUCGCAGCGGGACAAGAAGGGGAAGGAGAACCUGGCCCCGACCAUCUGGGCCACCGUCAGGCAGUUCAACAAGCUCACCAACUGCGUCAUUAGCUCCUGCCUCAGCAACACCAGGCUGCGGCCGCAGCAACGGGCGCGCAUCCUGGAGAAGUGGGUGCUCGUGGCCGAGGAAUGCCGGGCUCUGAAGAAUUUCUCUUCACUUUACGCCAUCAUCUCUGCCCUCCAGUCGAAUCCCGUUCACCGGCUGAAGAAAACUUGGGAGGAAAUCCCCAGAGAAGUUAUGCGGAGAUACGAGGAACUCUCAGAGAUCUUCUCAGAGAAGAACAAUUAUUCCCAAAGCCGGGAGCUGUUGAUUAAAGAAGGAACUUCAAAGUUUGCCACGCUAGACAAGAAGCAUAUGAAAAAAACAAAAGACCACAAAAUCCCGAACUUGAUCCAAGGCACAGUGCCUUACCUCGGCACCUUCCUCACAGACCUGGUGAUGUUGGACACAGCGGUGAAGGACUACGUUGAGGAUGGAAUGAUCAACUUCGAGAAGAGGAGAAAGGAGUUUGAAAUCAUCGCCCAGAUUAAGCUGCUACAAAAAGCCUGCAAGAACUACAGCUUUGAGAAGGAGCCCGAGUUCCUGAACUGGUUCUACAACCUGCAGCCCCUCAGUGAGGCUGAGAGUUACAAGCUGUCCUGUGAACUCGAACCACUGGAGCUGGCUAGCCCAACGUCAAAGCCUCGGCCUACUCUGGUUAUCACCCCCUGCGAUGACCAUCAGCCCAGCCAGAACAGCCCCACCGUGCUCUCGGGAGGCCUUCCACCCUGGGAGAGAUCCGCCUCACCACCCCCGGACCUGGCCGGCACCUCUGAGACCCCAGGAGCUAAGGAACACUCCCUGAAGCCCAUCAAUGCCUUUCUCUGCAAGCUUGCCUGGCAACCAAAGUUCCCCUCUGUCGCCUCCCUGGACUCAGCUGGGAUCGAGCCCAGCCCCACCUGCUCCCCCUCCCUCUCGGCGCUCUCCCCCACCGCCAGCUUCAUGAAGGGCCACCGCCGCUCGGCCUCCUGUGGGGCCACCUACACCUCUCCCUCGGUGGCUGUGGGCUCGCCGCAGUCUGACUGCCGCAUCAUCCGCGUGCGCCUGGACAUCGCGACUGGAAACGUUUACAAGAGCAUCCUGGUAUCCAGUCAGGACAAGACCCCUGUGGUAGUUGGAAAAGCUCUGGAGAAACACAACCAGGACUCGCAUUCAGCGGGGACCUACGAGUUGGUGCAGAUCUUAUCAGAGGAUAAAGAGUUCACCAUCCCUCACAACGCCAACGUGUUCUACGCCAUGACCUCGACCAGCAGCGAGUUUCUCCUCCGGAGGAAGGACCAGCCUUCUCCCAAGCACAGGGCAGAACACGGCUCGCCGUUCCCAAAAAUCCGCUCCAAGGGCAUGAAGAUCGCCAAGGCCCUGUUCUAGAGGGCGGGCUUCCUGCGACGGACCAGUUCUGGCAAGCUUAUUGGCAUUCUGGUGGUGCCGGGCUGCAGUCGAAGCCGGGUGGUAGGAGCCAGCAUAAAAUCCACACUGCCCUUGGUGUUGGAGGCUCACUGGUGAUGCUUUCCCUGGACAAGGAUGGCUUCGGUAUCUAUUUGCCCUGAGAUUUUUCCUCUUUCUCCCUUCCUGCCCUUGCCCAAGAUCUGCAAAAGGGGGAGUGUGGGGUGAACUUUCCUGACUCCAUUUCCGAGAAGCACCUAUGAAGAUAGUUCCUCAGAAAUCAGACACCCAUGGACCUGGCUGAGAAUGACCAGCAUUCUGCCCUCUGAGAUGGCGAUCAUUUACCAGUGUGGCAGGCACUGAAUGACCCGCGGAAGCAGGAAGUCCAAAGGCGUUGGCGGUCUGGGAGACAAGUUCAAAGAAUUCAGACCAGUCUCUCCAGCAAAAGGACACUUUCCCCACUUGUUUUAUUUCUGAUCUGUGCAGGCAGCUCUGGUAGAAAUCCUCUCCUGUGCUGGAAUUCUGUGCACCAGGUGCAUUUUCGUUAUUCCAUGCAGAAUUACCUUGUGGGGGAAACUAUCAGAGAAGUGUGGGGUGAGGGGUGGUAGCUAUACAGGGUACAAAAGACCGAUACAUAAAGCCCUGUAGAUGCUAGGGGGUGGAGCUAGAAACCGAAAAUCCUGGAAAUGGACAUUGGUCUGAGCAGCAUCUGUGAAGAGGGAACCAGAGGUAAUUCUUCAGGUCAAGGAAAGAAACACUCAGAAGGUCAGGCAGCAUCUGUAGAGAAUGGAACAGAGUUGAUGUUUCAGUGUAAAGACCAUUCAUCAGCCUUCCCAGUCAGAACUAACGAAGUGUCAUGGAGCUGUUUCUGACUCCACAGACGCUGGCCGACCUGCUGAGUGUUUUCUGCACACCGUGGUUUUGGAUAUUCACUACAGUGGCAUUGGUGCCUUGUUGAUCAGCCUAUGGGAUUAUUGCAAACCCAGUGGAUAAUUCCUACUGCCUCUGCACCCCCCCCCCAACCCCUGCACAAAUGAUUGUCAGCUCUCUACCACCUCUCUGCUAGAGCAGCUGUUGCUUCUGACCCGAGCCUUCUCGCAUUAACCACCCCCUCCAUCCCACUCCAGAAUGUCAUUCACAAUUCCCAGCAAGAUCUUGAAGGCAGCUGCUGGUGCUUAGAGAGAUAGCAGAUGGGUGGGUGGGGAGAGGCGUGGGUUGGUGUUGAGCUACGAAUGGACGUGGAGGGAUGAUCUUGCAAAGCUGCUUUCCCCAGGGCCACAGUCUUCCGGCAGACCCUUGUUGGAACUGACCAGAGUCAAUCACACUCCUUCUCCCAGCUCCCUGUGACACUCCAUUGGCUUUGAAAACGAGAAGAUCAGCAGGCUUGGUGGAACAUGGACCUUCUCACAUCAGAAGUGCCUUCCCAUCCGUCUCUCUCUUGCCAUUGCUUGACCCACCACUCAGAGAACUCUCUCCAGAACAAAGUGAAUAUCACUACGGGGGUUCAUCCCAUCGCAGACAACCAGAGUGUGAAGAAAGAUCUUAGCCAGAAGAUGCUGAUUUUCACUACACACACUUGGAGUCCUAUAAACAAAGUGUACCCUGAUGACACUACAUGUAAAAGGCACUGUCUGUGCCAACUGAGAAUGUUUCAGCUUGUGAUGCUUUGAUGUUACUAUUUAUGCUCUGGAUGUACAGUCCAUCCCAUAGGACGCGUUACGUUAGAAAGAUGUGAACAACCGGUCUAAACUGUACUGUCAACUUUGUGCUCUGAUCAUUGUCUAAAUUCUACGUGUUCCUGAAUUUCUUGCAGACCCAUCCAAAAAAAAAAUAAAUCCAAGCAGCAGAGGUUAUAAAAUGGGGAGAAUAAGAUGGCUCAGUGGUUUAGUCAUUCAGAAGAUUGUCUGUCCAAAUCUCUGCUCUGCUAACAAUUUCAAAGGAACUUGGAACUGGUGAUUCAGUCCCAGCAACAGUCUACUUUUGGGGUUGGUCGACCAAUAUCGGAGAGAACUACCUCCAGGCUGUCCGUCAACUGUCACUCAGGCACUGCCCCACAGUUCCAGCGACCUGGCUUUGAUCCGAGUCUGCACAUUUCCCCUGUGACGCGUGGCAUUCCCCCAGGUUCACCAGUUCCACCCCACAUCCUGACGUUCAGAUGAAUGGGUUGCUGUAAAGUUGCCCCCAGUGUGAGAGACAGUGUGGACAUGCUGGGCCGGGUGGCCUAUAUCUAUACUAUAUGACUUCAUGACUACCACAUAAUCUCCAGUAGGGUUAGUCUAUGGUCGCAGAGAUGAUAAACCAUCAAUGACACCAUCGAGUUGACAGGUUACUGAAGAAUUUAUAAGACCUACUCUUUGACUAAGCUUUUGUUUAAGCUCAAUUUCACCCAAUGUAGCUAAAUGAUAAAUUUAGUUUGACCACACUGCUGUGAGAUGUUUUAAUAACUAAGACAUGGUAUAAAUGUCAUUCUGACUAUGCUUUAACAUUUUUCUCACUACAUUGGUUUUGUAAGCUGAGGUGGUUUCUUCAAGUUGACUUGUUCUUAAAGAACUAGCGACGGGACUGAAUGAUUCAGAUAUAGAGUUUGACAGUCCCACAGGAUUAAAAUGCCUCUAAGAUAUACAAGACAGGUACAGUCUGAUAAGUACUGGAACAGCAGAAAAUGCCUUUGAUUGUCUUCUUUUGAGCAGGAGAACUGUUCUAAGUAUGGACACUCCCCAGAUUCCAAGAAUCAUCCAUAUCCCAAAGUUUCUGUAAGUCAGAAACACCGUUGGCUGAGACUACAGAGGUAGCACUGGUGGGUUAAUUAUUUACAGAUUAGUACAGGUCUUAGGUAAUUGUAGAUUUUAGUUGGAUUAAGUUAUUUUUUAGAGAUUUGAACAACAGUCUCAAAACAUGCCAGACAAUUGGAAUUGCUACACCUUGGAAUACCAGAGUGGAGAAUUUCAACCUGUACUUCAGUAAUGUUUCCCCAAUCCCGAACCACACCUCAGGAGCUCAAGAGCUUUAUGCCCAAUGAGAUCCUGGUGGAGGAAAUCCUUUGGUCCAGUAUUCCGAGGUGGUCAGCAAGAUCUCACAACAUCAACUGGCUAAUGACCAGACAAGUAAAUAUCUGGGCCACUGUGGAGGGGUCACUCUCCCCUGUAAACACUCCUUCCUCAAAAUUGCUCUGUGGUCCCAGUUGAAUGUUUCACCUGAGGUACUGUCCCACUUUCAAUGUUCCCUAGGCACACGCAACAUACACAGAACAUAAAACUGUAUAGAACAGGAACAGGCCUUUUGGCCCACAAUGCCUGCACCGAGCAUGAUGCUAAAUGAGAGGAAAUCCCAUCUGUAUGUGCAUCGUCUGUAUCCCGCCAUUCCCUACACAUUCAUGUAUCUAUCAGCCUCUUGAACACUACCAUCUGCUAUAUCUGCUUCUACUACCAUCCCUAACAUCCACCACUCUCUGUGCAAUAAACAAGUAACUUGCCCUGGAAAUCCCUUCAAGCUAUUCUCCUCUCAUCUCAAAUCCGUGUUCUCAAACAUCAGACAUUUCUAUCCCGGGAUCGAGUUUCUGACUCUCUACUCUUUCUAUUCCUCUCAUAAUUUUGUAAACUUCUGUGCGAUUGCCCCAUCAGCUCCAGAGAAAACAAUCAAAGUUUGUCAAACCUCUCCUUGUAUCUCAAAUUCAGGCGGUAUCUUAGCUCCCUCUCCAAAGCCUCCACAUCCUUUCUAUAAUGGGCUUGCCAGAAUUGGAAACAAUUCUCUGGAUGUGGCAUAACCAGGGUUUUCUCAAGCUGCAAAGCAACUUCCCAACUCUUGAACUCAGUGUCUCGACCAUUAAAGACAAGUAUUCCAUAUGCCUUCUUUAACAUGCUAGCAACCUAUACAACUAAAUUCAGGGAGCUAUGAACGUGGCCAUCAAGAUCCCCUGUACACACCGUCCCUCUAAUGGGGUGACUAGAACCGCACAAAACUUGCACAGAACUGUAGUGAGGUGUCAGUGGGGAGUUCUGCGCCCUCUUAUUUGCCCGAGAGGAACACUUUGAUCUCCGACUCCCACCUCAGCUUACAAAGUGGCUUGUUUGUUUCAAAUAUUCAGGAGGAGCAAUGGUCUUAAAAUAAAGAACUGGCCUUUUCAUAUCCUGCAUCUCUUUGGAUCUUCUUGGC